AGGAAAAAGUUUCUCCAGUGAAAAUCAGCGAUCGAAAAUAGCUUUCCAACUGCUUCUUCCUCCUCUUCUCCUUCUCCAUCUUCUCCUCCUAGCUGUCUCCAUCGCCACUCUCUGCUUUCUCUCUGCCUUCGCUGUCCGUUCCAAGUCCUGCUCGAAGUCCAAAGCCAGCUGCGGUGGCACUGGCGGCGCUCGUGAAAUGACGGCCACCAUGGAGAGCUUGAUCGGGCUGGUGAACAGAAUCCAGAGAGCUUGCACUGUCCUCGGAGACUACGGCGGCGACGCCGCCGCCUCCCUGCCUACUCUCUGGGAGGCUCUCCCGUCCGUCGUGGUUGUCGGCGGUCAGAGUUCUGGUAAAUCGUCGGUGUUGGAGAGCAUUGUCGGCCGUGAUUUUCUGCCCAGGGGAUCAGGGAUUGUGACCAGGCGACCUUUGGUUCUCCAACUCCACAAAACAGAGCCAGGGCAACAAGAUUAUGCUGAAUUUUUGCACCUGCCAAGGAAAAAAUUCACAGACUUUGCUCUGGUUCGUGAUGAAAUUCAGGCUGAAACCGAUAGAGUGACUGGGAAAACAAAGCAGAUUUCUCCGGUCCCUAUCCAUCUUAGUAUCUCUUCUCCUAAUGUUGUCAACUUAACUUUGACAGACUUGCCUGGUUUGACCAAGGUUGCUGUUGAGGGACAACCAGAGAGUAUUGUCAUAGACAUUGAAAACAUGGUUCGUUCUUAUGUUGAAAAGCCUAACUGUAUCAUCUUGGCAAUAACUCCGGCAAAUCAAGAUAUAGCAACAUCUGAUUCUAUCAAGCUUGCCAGAGAUGUAGAUCCUACAGGUGAAAGGACAUUUGGAGUGUUGACGAAGCUUGAUCUGAUGGACAAGGGCACAAAUGCAAUAGAGGUUCUUGAAGGAAGAUCCUAUCGGCUUCAACACCCUUGGGUUGGGAUUGUGAACCGUUCCCAAGCUGAUAUAAAUAGGAAUGUUGACAUGAUUGCUGCUCGUCGGAAGGAAAGGGAGUUCUUUGCUACAAGUCCUGAUUAUGGACACCUGGCCAGUAAAAUGGGUUCCGAAUACCUUGCAAAACUUCUUUCUAAUCAUUUGGAAUCAAUUAUUAGAGCUCAACUACCAGGCAUAACAUCUCUGAUAAACAAAACCAUCGAUGAGCUUGAAAGAGAGUUGGAUCACUUGGGCAGACCUGUUGGUGUUGAUGCUGGGGCCCAGUUGUACACAAUCUUAGAGUUAUGCCGUGCAUUUGAUCGGAUAUUCAAGGAACACUUGGACGGGGGGAGACCUGGUGGUGCUCGUAUAUAUGGAGUUUUUGACAAUCAACUCCCUGCUGCUUUAAGGAAGCUUCCCUUUGAUCGCCAUCUCUCCCUUCAGAAUGUGAGAAAAGUGGUUUCAGAGGCAGAUGGUUAUCAGCCCCAUCUAAUAGCUCCAGAGCAAGGUUACCGAAGACUGAUUGAUAGUUCACUCAAUUAUUUCAGAGGCCCAGCUGAAGCAUCAGUCGAUGCUGUUCACUUCCUGCUGAAGGAGCUCGUCAGAAGGUCAAUCUCGGAAACUCGGGAAUUGAAGCGCUUCCCAACUCUUCAAGCUGAGAUUGCGGCAGCGGCCAAUGAAGCGCUGGAGAGGUUCCGUGAAGACAGCAACAGGACGACCUUACGACUUGUGGACAUGGAAUCCUCGUAUCUGACUGCUGAUUUCUUCCGAAGACUUCCACAGGAGAAGGAGAAGGGAGGGAACCCAGUUGCCACUGCUGGAGAUCGAUACUCCGAGGGUCACUAUCGUAGGAUCGGAUCAAAUGUUUCAUCUUACAUAGGAAUGGUGUCUGGGACACUUCGGAACACAAUCCCGAAGUCAGUGGUUCAUUGUCAAGUCAGAGAAGCAAAGCAAGCUUUACUAGAUCACUUCUAUGUUCAAGUGGGGCAGAAGGAGGGCAAGGAGCUUGCGGAGUUGUUGGAUGAAGAUCCUGCCCUGAUGGAGAGGAGGCAGCAGUGCACUAGGAGGCUCGAGUUGUACAAAUCUGCUCGGGAUGAGAUCGACUCAGUCUCGUGGGUGAGAGAAGUAUAAGGCGUUAAAUGUUUAGGAGCAGUUGCUGUGUUCGAUGUGUUUAUAUAGGGAAGUAGUGUUGUUCGUGUUGUGCUGCUUCUUGCUUUUCCUUUCUUUCUGAGAAUGUCUGUAUCCAAAGGGCCGGGAAACAGGUUUAAGAUCAAUGCUAAGUUUUGUUAUAUGAAUGCCAUGUUUAAUUUGCC